AAGUAAAUAAACAUUAAAAAUGGCAGAAAUAGCAUCCACUCUGUUGAGCACAGCCCCCAGCAGGCCAGCAAUAAUAUUCUAGAUUUUGCUCCAUCUGCACGUUAAUUGAAUUCACCAAAUUCCUCCAAGCAUUUGCAUAUAAGCCUUUGAUUGUUGAAUUAUUCCACAAGAUCUGCAGUAUCAACCAGCAAGCUGUAACAAGCCAGUGAGCAUCUGUGCAUUUUCUUUGGAGACACCACAGAGAGAGAGAGAGAGAGAGUCAUGGAGGUGGGUCAGCUGCAGAGACAGCUUUCGGAAUACAGAGCAUCUUUAUACCACGAGGGGAUUCUGGACGAGCAAUUUUCACAGCUGCAGCAGCUUCAAGAUGAGAGCAACCCUGAUUUUGUGGUUGAAGUGGCCUCCCUCUUCUUUGAGGAUUCUGAAAGGCUCCUCAAUGAUCUCACCAGAGCUCUAGAUCAGAAAUUUGUAGACUUCAAAAGGGUUGAUGCCCAUGUCCACCAAUUGAAGGGUAGCAGCUCCAGCAUUGGUGCACAUAGGGUUAAAAAUGCCUGCACUAUCUUCCGCAACUUCUGUGAGCAACAGAACAGUGAAGCGUGCCUAAAAUGCCUACAACAAGUGAAACAAGAGUACUUGCUUGUGAAAACCAAGCUUGAAACUUUGUUCAGACUGGAACAACAAAUUAUGGCUGCUGGAGGGUCAAUUCCCGCAAUGGAAUGAGUUGUCCUCAAGAUACAAAAAUACAGGCAAAGUGAGUAAAACCUGGGUGGUGUCGAUAAUAAGCUUUUGUGAGUUGUGUUAACCACUAAACCUAAUAUCUGAUUCUCUAAGCUACCGAGCUUGUACUUAUAUCAAGUUUAAUCAGAGAGAUUGUGGACAAGCCUUGUGAAUGAUUUAGCUUUUUGAAGGCCUAAUUCACCAUGUAUGUUAUUUC